ACGAGGUUGAAACAGUAUAAGAACUAUGAGAGCCUCUCACGCUCGCGUGAAGAUCUUGAAAAGGAGUGCAAGGAAGUACGAAAAGGACACAGCUUCUAUGACUUCCAGUUCAAUACAAGGCUCGUCAAAUCAACUAUUGUGCACUUUCAGGUACAUUAAUCUUUAAUCGUUUUCUUGUUUGGAUAGAUCAGGUGUUAACCUUGAUUUAGAUACCUGUUGACUGGUCUACUGCCCCAGUAGUUCUUAGUGUUUUGAUGUAGUCUCUGUUGUCUCGUUUUGCAUAAUUCAGUUAAAUACGGCAAACGACUCCCAUGGACGCCUUUCUUAUUCUGGCCUUUCAUGCUAAUUUUUCCUGUUCAAUUUUUAGCUGGGGUCUUUAGUUGUUUGUUAUUUUACAACAUAAUAAGUUUACUCUAAAUUUAUGAAUUUAGAGUUAACAAUAGGAUUUGGUUAUUUAUGGUCUAGUCAGUGUGUCAACCUUCGGUCGAUGAUGCCUCUCGCCUUUUUAUUCUUUCCAUGCAAUAACUAUACUCUUGCAGGUGCUUACUCUAAUGUUAUGGAUAUUUUGAUUUAAACCUUUAGGCUGUUAGUUCUUCCUCUCAUUCUUCAGAGGUACGGAAUUUGUUCCUUUGUCGAAGAAUUGAGUGAGUGUGAUGCUUGAUUUGGAUUACUUUAAGACAUUAACUUUAUGUAUCUCUAACACAUGCUUGGACAGCUUUCUGGAAUAAUAAGUCACCGAGGCCAUGUUUGAGAUGAUGUUUCUAUGGCCUCCAAGCUGGUGAAUUUGCUUCUGAUAUAGAUUUAGUGUUAAUUUAUCAUUUCUUGAUGCAGCUUUCUUUUUCUUCCUCUGUUUAAAAAACCGAAACGUUAUGCCUAAUUUGGCUUUUGCCAGUUCCAUUUUGUUGCUUCCAGCUAUUAUAUUCUGGCUACGUGUGGAAGCGACAAGAUGUACAUAGGAACCAUUCUUCCUGAUAUUCAGCAUUUAGUUUUUAACUCAUUUCUUUUCAGUAAGCAGUUUUGUUGUGCCCGGAUUGAAGUUUUGAUCCGGGAGCUGUAUUCACAAUAUCCUUUUGGUGCAGAUUUUAAACAAUUAGAGAAGAGAGUGUCACAUGAAACUUUCUAAUAGUAGAAGAUCCUUGUUUGGAGCUUCACUUUUGAAUAUUUCAUCAUGAAUCAGCUGACUGUAUUUUGAGGACAGGGUUUUAAUAUGGAAGCUCAGUGCCUUAGAAGCAGGAUUGCAGUUAGUGUGUGAGCAGCUGGAGCAAGCAUUUUCCAUAUGUUGAGGAAUCUCUUGUGGUCGACAUCCAAACAUGAUGUGUAUCUCAUGCAAGAUUACUCUGUGAUGCACUGGUCCUCACUUCUCAGGAGGGGAAAAGAAGUGUUAAAUGUUGCUAGGCCAUUGGUGCCCACUAUGAAAUACCCUGGAUCAGUGUCUCAAACACUUUCCCGAGUGCAGAUUAGCACUAUGGCUGUUAGAGAUGGUUUGGUGGCUGCUGGUGGUUUCCAAGGGGAGCUUAUCUGUAAGUAUCUAAACCAACCUGGAGUUGCAUUUAGUACAAAAAUAAGUAACGAAGAGAAUGCCAUAACUAAUGCCGUGGAUAUUUGUUAUAGUCCGACUGGCUCGAUGAGGGUAAUCACUGCUAAUAAUGAUCAGCAAGUCAGAGUUUUUGAUGCGAAAACCUUUGCUUGCACCAGUCGUUAUACAUUCCCUUGGUCUGUUAAUAACGUCUCGGUUAGCCCAGAUGGUAAAUUACUUGCUAUCCUUGGUGAUAGUCCAGAAUGUCUAAUUGCUGAUGCUCAAAGUGGGAAGGUUGUCAGCAACCUAAGAGGUCAUCUAGACUAUUCAUUUGCAUCAGCUUGGCACCCGGAUGGAAGAAUUUUGGCAACUGGUAACCAAGACACAACUUGCAGAUUGUGGGAUAUAAGGAACACGUCACAGUCCAUAGCAGUGCUCAAAGGAAGGAUGGGAGCCAUCCGUGCAAUCAAGUUUACAUCAGAUGGGCGCUUCAUGGCCAUGGCCGAGCCAGCUGAUUUUGUCCACAUAUUCGAUACAAAAUCCGAUUAUGGUGCCUGUCAAGAGAUUGAUUUGUUUGGCGAGAUUGCUGGGAUAUCCUUCAGCCCUGAUACUGAAGCUCUCUUUGUUGGAGUGGCAGACCGAACCUAUGGAAGCUUGUUGGAGUUCAACCGUAAACAUUACCACCAAUACCUCGAUUAUGUUUUGUAGUGAAAGGCGCCGGCCUGUGUCAGUUUAAUUUGGGCAACUGCUUGUUUGGUAUAUAGUUUGUGUAUAGUAUAUAUGCAGAAAACUUGGGGUAGACUUGUGUAACUUGGCCUUCUUAAUGACAAUGCUCUGGAGGCAGGCCUAUGAUUUGGAGAACUAGUGUGAUAGGGAAAGAGCUAGCAUGACGUCCCAGCGGCUGAUGGCCAUGCAGGGGCUGUUUCUGGGGAAGUAUAUUGUUUAAGCUUUGCAGAAAUAGGAAGAUUAUGCAGUAGUAAAUGUAAACCGCCAGUGCAUUUGUAUAUCAGAACGAAUUAUGGGGACGAGUUGUUUUUGUUAAUGGCCAACUUUAUCACAAUUCGACGUGUUCGCUU